GGGACAGCGGCGUGCGCCGCACCGUGAGUCGCUGGUCCGCGCGCGUCAAACCUAUAUCGUUCCGAUACACGCACACCGCGCUCUCGCGAGUCAAGCUGCUCGCGAUAAUACAUAACCCGCGCGCUAUGUGUGCACGUCAGUGUGUGUGUGCGCCAAGGGAUUCUAGAUGACUGUGGGAAUAGUGAGUGACAUUCGUGCGGCAAAGAAAUGGAAAAGAUAGAGUUAUUGGGCGGUGCUUGCUUCAGCCAUGGCCCUUACACAUUUUACAAAGCGGUAAGGAUAGGUAACGGCCGCGUUCUUCGUCUCGGCAGUUUCUUCCUCACGAAAUUGUGGAGCGAUGCCGAUCUCGUCAGCAUCGGGGAGCUUCAGCUGCUGUGGAUGGACAGUCGUGGACCGAAUCAGCCUUUGGCGUCUUUACGGCUUUAUUUCUUACCUGAGAACACGCCGGACGGAAGGAGGGACACGCACGGAGAGGACGAGGUGCUGACGAUAUCGGAGAAGGUGGUUGUUCGCGUACACGAUCUCGUCACGUGGCUCUCGCCUACCCUGGAGUGGUCAUGGGGCCGAGAGGUGUUGUCCUACCCGACGACCCCGACGUCAUCUCCGGAGACCAGCCCUCUGCGAUACGAAAUGCCGCAGCCCCAGGUGCUAACGGAUCCAGGAAUCGACUUCUCGGACGUCGACAAGCAGCAGAAGGAAUACGAGAGCGGUCUAAACUCCUCGAGGAAGUUGGACAGCUUCCAGACGAAGGUGGUGGUGCUCUCGUAUCCCAGGUACUGCCGUUAUCGAGCGCUCCUACGUAGACUCGAGGAUGCCGAGCCUUCCUGGCUCUGCUCGUCCAUCGCAGCCGCGUUAGGAGGCUUCACCGCGACCCCCGGCACCAGGGUACUCUUCUGCAGAGACAUCUUCGACUAUCCCGAUCUCGAAACUCACGAGCUACUAUGUAACCAUUUAGCGCCAAAAUUAAAGGGCAGACCGCGGCGAAAACGUAAAAAGCGUAGCGCUUCGCCGGGCGAAUCUUCGAACGAGAGCGAGGCCUCGGUGGCGUCGACGUCGAGGAGCACUCCCGCGACCAGCAGCACCAGCCUGGUUAUACCCACGGUCGGGCGACCGCCAUCCUCCGCGGUACGGCGGAGCGAGAGGAAGACCAGCGCGGAGGAGAAGAAGUUUAUCACCGACGUGCAGAGUUUUAUGAACUCUCGGGGUACGCCGGUCGGAAAGAUGCCACUGCUGGGCUACAGGCAGAUCGAUCUCUUCCUGUUCUACACGAAGGUGCAAAUGCUCGGUGGUUACGAUUCCGUCAGCGCCGGCCGUCUUUGGAAGACCAUCUACGACGACAUCGGCGGUAAUACGGGUUCUACGAGCGCGGCGACUAUUACACGUAGACAUUAUGAAAGAUUGUUAUUACCUUACGAAAGGUAUCAGCGAGGCGAAGAUACAAAAGUAAGACUGAAUCAUGGACGACGUACCAAGAGUAUGAGCGGGUUCGAGGAUUCAGAUGUCAAGGAAGAGCCUAGUGAUUCGUAUCCAUCAAAGACACCUCCGCCUAUAGAAGCAAUUUCCGCGACCACAUUAUCACCCUUGCAGCCAAUAAUAUCAACAGCAACGACGACUCUCCUCUCGAACGAGAAACCCAAAGCAGAGUCGGGCAAGACGUCUUCGUUGCGUAGCGUACGAGUGAAACCGGAACGUCUAAAGUCCCUGAACACAAUAAUCGCCAAUAGCGCGACACCUUCCAGCCAGCAAACUAGCCAACUGCCAAGUCCACCGCCAUCCUCCAACACGUCUAUUUCGACCCCGAGCAGCACACCCUCCACAACGCCGACGAACGGUAGCAGUAAUAAUCAGAGCGUCUUGGAGAGACAGCUCAACAGUCCUUUGAUAUCCCAACAAGUUUCACCAUCGUGUUCGCCACCGGGCUUGCCUGUGACCAGCGUAGCGACGAAUGCGUCGACGGUCGUCACCUUAACACCACCGCCGGAGAAGGAUAUGAAGGAGAUUAAAUUGGAUUCCAAGCAAACGACUCUGCUGGCGCAGGGAAAGGAGAAUAUACCGCUGUUCGGCGGCGAGAAGACGAUUAUGCCGCCGGUCUCCAGAUCGCCCGAAGUGAUCGACCUCGAGAACGAGAGCGACACGAGUCGGGACAAGAUAAUCAUUCCCAGUUUCAAGAAACGCAAGCUCGAGAUACUCCGCGAGGGCGGCCUCGAGGUCACCGCCGUCGAUCUGGAUGUGCGGCCGAGCGUGAUCCAGAGCAACGUCGCUGCGCCAUCGCAACAGACGCCGUUGCAACAGACGCCACCUCCGGCCACGAGGCCCACCGAGGAGAGACAACCAUCGAUGUCGCCGUAUCCGACCGCGCCCAACAACUCUGUUUCCAAAUUAAUAUCCGUCACCGUGACACCCGACAUAGGACAUAUGUUGCCGUCGCCGCAGGAACAUCAGAAUAAUCAAUCGCGAGUCCCAAUAGGCAAGCAACAACCGGCUCAUCACAAUAAUAAUAAUAAUAGCAUGAUGAACAACAAUAAUGUUAUGAACAGUCGGAUAAUAAAUCUCGGUAGUUCGAACAAUGCUGCGCUGUUGCAACUAUAUGCGAACGCGAACGUCGGACAGACGACGAUUCCGCAGCCAAACAAUCGCUACGUACAACCAAUCGUUCCGAAUGGCAGGUUGUUGCCGCCUAAGGUGACGCAGUCGAGGUCGAUAUUCACGCAUAACGAGAGAACGGUUUACGGGAAUCCGAAAGAUGUUCUUGUCUCUCCGAAAUAUCAUCGUUCGUUGCAUCCGCAUCAACAGUCGCCGCAUCAACAACCGCCGCAGCAACGCUCGCAAUAUUGCUCGCAAAUGAGCAACGAUAUCGGACAAGGGGGUGUUCUCGAUCUUACGCAAAAGUCCAACGAGAAGCCGUUCCCCAGGCCCAGUCUAGAAAUAGUCAGAGUACCUGUAGUGCCGAGGCCUAAUCCGUUAAAUCUGGAAGUGCGGAAUUUACCCGCGGCUAAGGACAAACCGACUUUAGACAGAUCUUCCGCCGAUUGUUCGAAGCGAGUACCUUUUCCUACCUAUCAGAACGUAAUUGAUAGUCGAACCAUCGCUUCGAACAACCUCGAGAUUACUCUCGUAAAUCCCAAACAGAAAAACAAUCAUCAUCCAAAUACACCGUCUCACGUCCAAAUACCGAGUCCACCUAAUAAAAGUAAUCCAAUGGGGACGAUCAGUAGUAGCGCGCAGAGAAGACAACCACAGCAUCAAGUGAAUGGAAAGUAUACGAUGAGAAACGAACCAAUUUCACCGUAUACGCCGAGGAAACCGAGUCAUCCCGUCAUACCAAACGUACCCAACUUGAAUCACUUGAAUCACAGUGGAAAUUCGUACCCCAGAAUGCAGGCAACGACGAUGCAGCACCAACAGAUGAGCAUUGACAGGAGGAAAGCAGCCGCGGAUCAUCAGGCCAGCAGGGAUCAUCAGCAUCAUCGUAGGAUCAGCGAGAGCGACAAGUCGUCCCUGACGGCGCAACAACAACAACAGCAAGAAUGUAGGCAGAGUGAGACAGGCCGACGACACAGUUUACCCAGUAUACCAUCGGGUUUUGUGCCGACGGUGCCACAAAACAAUUCUGCCGCAUACCCGUUGCCACAACUACCAAACGCACCCGGCAAAUUCAUACCGAUGCUGGACCCCAUGUACUACCCUGCGUUUUACAACGGCUUGUUCCCGCCACCGAUUCCGCCCACGGCCACCGCUGCCGCGACGUCGUUUCUACCGCCGGAAUUUAGCGCGUAUUACAAGGAAUUACUAGUUUCCUCGCAACCAAGACUGACGGGGAUAACGGGGCAGCCGCCGUAUCAGCAGCCGGCCGCUCCAACGUCUAAAUAGACAAUGGGAUCUCAACAUGUAGGGUUUCCGGCAUAGCGAGGGAUGCUUCGAUUACUAGAGAAACAUGGAUCCGUCGGACUUGUUUUAAAUAUAAAAUAUAAAUGUAUAAAUAUACAUGUAUAAACGAAAAUAUACAUGUAUAUGCCGCGCACGAAACGCAUAUUGUAUGGGUGAAUAUAAAUUGCGGCACAUUGAGAUUAUCUAGUAUCAUUCAGUUAUGUUGUUUUCAUUCGAUUAGUAGACAAUCGGUUAUUAUUCACAGUGUUCAUUUAUGGUGGAACAAGAAUAGUCUCGUCAGAGUCUUGUGCAAAGAUAAAAUGAAAUAUCGACGGAUUUGGUUAUGUAAUUGAUUACAAGUAUUUAUGUAAUUUAGAUUAUGCGCAUUCGUUUGACGAAUUGCAGUAAUGUGUUAGAGUUUUCGUUCAUUUUAUCGCUCGAGAUUUUGAAAGAUUAUUGAUAUUAAGAAAAAAAAGAUACACCCUGUGAUAAAAAAUGCGUCAAAAUAGAUUACUAUUCAAGAAGACAUUCGAUGGAGUAUUACCAUGGAAAAUUGUUAUUUUUAUAUGUUUAUUUUAUGUAAAUUGUUUACGCGUGUUUUUCAGUUUCUUAAUUGCAUUGCAAGGCAAACAAAUUCUGAUUUAGAAGAUUGCGUUUUAAGUGUCACGUUAGAGCUUCCAAAUAUUUUUUGUUUGUUAGACUCUUCCUGAAAAUUAUCUUUCUUUUUUCAAAGCGUACACACAAAUGCAUAUGUAUUCUUAUCGUUAAUUUCGAGUUCAAUUUUCAUUCAAUUUUUAUUUUCGUUUUAUAAGCUCAUUAUGAUUUAUUUUGAAUAAACUGUGUGAUAAAGAUUCGAAACAAAGAAGAAAUAGAAAAAGUGGAAGAAUAAUAACUAAUAUUUGUAACCGGCGGAUCAUCGGAACGUGUAAUUGUUUACUGUAUAAUGGUAAAUCUUAUGUAGUAACGCUCGCGAAAACCCUAUGUAAUGUAUAAGUUAGACAAUUUUCAUUCUAAUAAAAAAAGCACUCGUACAAACAUACACGUAAACACACACAAUCGCAUACACCGAUCUGUAGUCACUUCUAAUGAUUAAUAAGCGCACGCAUGCAAUGUUAUAGCAGCGAAAUGUAUAUAGUGUAUAUAAUCACGUAAAUCAUUAAGCUAGAUAAAUCCUGCAUUAUCUUUCAACAUUACGUAAGGAAGUUAAGUUUAGUAAAUGUACAGGCUGUCUUACUCGUGUGGCCAACGAUUGUCGUGUCGCUGUUUCUUUACGAAGAACGAAAACGAUAUUUUGCAGAGAAUAUAUUUCCGAUUUUGGGCUUUUUUUUCACUCAGAAACAUUUGAAGAGCUUUUAUUUUUCAACAUCGUGUAUCAAUAUAUGCGCGGAAGAGCACGUAGUAUCCGUUUAUUUCACUUCAUUUCACUUUGAUGGAAACUAAAAAAAAAACUAAAGCAAUUGACUGAUUGUUACGCGGUCGCUGCUGACAUCGCGGGCCACCGCAAUACUUUGAGGAAACAGAUUUUAAAAAAUUUACCGACGGUAUAUCCAUGUUAAAUGUAGACAUAUUGAUAGAAUAUGUUCGUUCUAGGAAUACUCUGAUCAAAAGAAAUAAAUAUGAAAAUAAUGUUAAAACAUUCGUAACCCUAAGACGUACAAGAGGGAAGAAAAAAAACGUCCAUUCCGGGUCGUUCUCUGGUAAAGAAAAAAAAAUCAGAUUUCUAUAUUGAUGUCUUUCAAGAAUUAUGAGUUGUUCACAUUUUUUCGGAUGGUUCUUUCGUGAUAAGAGAGGCGUUCCGGCGCCGAUUGCGAAACCGCGGCUGAUUAAGAACAAGCCUUUCUUCCAGUGGUAUUCAACGAGUCAGACAUAUAAGAAUUAUCGAUUGCAGAGCGCAAGAAUCGGGCACAAGAUGAGACGCGAAAAAAAAACCUACGCUACCACUGUUGUUAUUUUUGUAAGACCGCGGCUUGACUUCCGGCGAUCCGGGCGCGUCGCGACUCUUCAUCGUCGCGUCGCGUCACUUUUCGAAAUGGUGCUAUGCGACGAAAAAUUCUAUUAGUAAGUCUUUUUCGAAAAUUUUAACGGGCGUUGUUGGGUACCAGUGGAUCUCUGGCGCGAUCGCCCGAAAGAACUACAAUCUUAAGAUAUAAUAGAUCUUCACGUCCAAGUCUGAUAAUCGUAUACAACAAAAAGAAGCUAAAAGGACUCCACGGGUUCUAGCGUAUGUGUAAAAAAAAGAGAGAGUAAAGUGGAAUAUAUACGAGUUCGUUAUGGUUGCGACUCGGCGUAAUAUCGCGGGGUUAUAUACAUAUAUGUUCGUACAGCGACGAGGAAGCAAAACGCAACGCUGGCGAAAAGGAUAGCAAAACGGAUAUUGUCGAAUAUCCGCAAGGAAAAGGGCUUGUGUACGAGAAUACGUGCCAUAAAAAACUGAUUAGAUAGCGAUUACGAACAAUGGCGACGGUCAUUUGUAUAUGCUUUUGACGAGCCCUUUAACAGUUAGAGAAACUAAGAAGGUAGACGUGAAUCGAAAAAAAUAAAGAAUAAUAAUAAUAAUGUGCAAAAUUCCAUGUGGAAGAUUUUAUAUAGUUUUUUUCCGUUUAUGUUCUGUUGCCGCGAUUAUUCUGUAAAAUCUCUCCUUUUGUAGCACGUGUGCGAGUGUACGGGAUAAAUAUGUCAAUGAAUGAGUAAAUGGAUGAAUCGUGAAAGAAUCUUGGAGAAUGAUCAAAGGAAAAAUCUAUUUGUUUUCGUUCUUGCGAAUUUUCAUUUCAAUUUAUAUAUUUAGUAGAACGAUUUUAGCAUAACCCUCGCGCGUUUUCCCAUUUUAAUAAUAAUAAUAAUUAUUAUUAUUAUUACGAUAUAAAUAUUUUUUAUUAUAUGGGCAUUUCAGUUCCUAAGUUGGAAAUAAAAUAUCUACUACAAA